CUCUCUCUCUCUCUCUGCUCUCAUUUUACGACCACCAUAAUCGUUGGAGUGAGCUCCGAGAGAUUCAAAAUUUUCCGAUGGAAUUCCCUAGAAAUCAGAGGUAAAAAUUCAAAUCAGGUAGCGCUAAAACUCCGGUAGAUUCAAAUUAUUUCUGCAGAUUUUAGGGUUCAUCCGAACAGAGAUGGCAACCACUGCUCCAAUCACCCCACCUUGGAUUUCCGAAGACGACCUCUUGUUGAAGAACGCCGUCGAGGCUGGUGCUUCUCUGGAAGCACUCGCUAAAGGUGCAGUGCAAUUUUCUCGCAGAUACACAUUACAAGAACUGCGGGAACGGUGGCACUCACUUCUUUACGAUCCUGAUAUUUCAGAGCUUUCUUCUGCUUGUAUGAUAGAGCUUGAACUUUCUGGUGUCAGCCCUUCUUUAAAGUUUAAUAGAUCGGAAAACAUUAAAGGAAACAAGGAGGUUCCUCAAAAGAGAAAAAUCAUGAGCAUCCGCAAACAGUACUAUGCCAUGCGAAAGAAAAUUCGAAAUGAAAUUUUCAAUGCCUCUGAUCUUGGUUUUCUGGAUGAACCCAAUUUACAUGAUUUCAGUGGACAUGGAGCUGAUUUUCAGCAGCAUGCUACACAUGAUGCUGUGUCCCGGGACAGAAGUGUCCUUGGGGACUGUAUUUCAGAUAAUUUAGGGUUCCAGGAAGCAGAACUGACUAUCCUGCGUAAUGCUUUCCCAGAAGCAUUGGGUGAGAUUGCUCCCACCCCUUCUAUUGCAUAUCAGACUGGAUGCACAAAUACAGCUGAUGAUAAUCAAGUAAAUGAAGUUUUGAGGAAAAAUGGAUUCUCUGAGGGGUUUUCAGCUUCAUUACAGGAGAGGAGUACUUGUAUUCAGCCUAGGAUUAAACUCAGUGAAGUCCCUCAUGUGCCCAAAGGUAAUUCCCUUAGCUAUGGAAAAUGCUUAGUUAGUGAGGAAUGCUGUCAACCGUCAGCUACAUCAGAUGGUGAUUUUACAGAUCUACCAGAUUCACUUUUGAAUCUUUCAAAUGACGAUGAGAUUCUCAUGGUGGACGAGGAUGUGAGGAACAUAGUAGAUAAGUCAUCUGAUAAAAAUGCUAUUCUCAUGGAUUCUUCUGAUCGCAUUCAGGAAGGUGGGGCAUGUACUCAUGAAUCUGAAACGUUUGUGGAUUCAAAAACAAUUCCUUUGCCUCCAAAUGGUGCAAUGCCUAUCGACUCAGAGGUUGUUGCUUCUUCUACAUGUGGUCCGGAAGUUUCUUCUUGUUCAGAGAUUAAUUUGCCAUCUAACUUAACAUCAAAUCCUGAUACAAAUAAACUAAGUGAUGGUAGCAUUUGCUGCACAUUAAACACUGAGGACACUGAAAUCCCGUGUAAUGAUGAUAUAUUCUUACUUAUCCACCCUUCCACAUCCUUUGGUUCUGCUGUGACAUCACCCAGGAGUGCACGCUAUAUGGACACAUCAUCUGCUGCUAAUCAGAAGGAUGCUAAACAAGGAGUAAACUCCUUAAUAAGAGGGAAAGAUUCUGUACAAUCUCUUGGGUGGUCACACAAGAUUGGACAAACCAUUUUAGGAGAAACACGUGUUCAGCAUAAAGUGGUUGCAUGUGCUGUGAAAUCCAAAUUGCCUGAUACUAACCGUCUCGCCUUGCUUCCUGGGGAUGCUAACAGGGCACUUGGAGACUCAAGUCUGGGCAGAUCCCUGCAAGCAAUUUCAGAGGUCCCCAUUGAUAGAGUGCAAGAGCGAGGUGCUGCUAGAGCUGGAAUGGUUGGAGAUGCACCAGACACAUUUCCUGACAUGCCACGAUUUGCUGAAUCAGGCUCUGCUAAACCUGCUAUAGAAUCGUCAGCCAACCCCUCAACAUCAGACCAGGAAGAACCACCAAGUGAUGAUGAUGUCCCUUAUUUUUCUGAUAUUGAAGCUAUGAUACUUGACAUGGACUUAGAUCCACCUGAUCAAGACUCAUAUACUGCAAAACAAGUAAUAAGGUAUCAUCCUGAGGAAAGUAAAAGGACAGUCAUAAGGUUGGAACAAUGUGCUCGUUCUUGUAUGCAUAGAGCCAUGACAUCUCAUGGGGCUUUUGCCAUCUUAUAUGGCCGUCAUCUAAAGUACUUCAUCAAGAAAACAGAGGUUGUACUUGGGAGAUCAACAGAUGACAUUGAUGUUGAUAUUGAUUUGCGAAAAGAAGGCAAUGCGAACAAAGUGUCUAGACGUCAAGCAAUUAUUAGGAUGGAACGAGAUGGAUCUUUCUUUUUGAGGAAUAUUGGAAAGAGUUCGAUAACAGUGAAUGGCAAGUCAGUUGAUUCUGGAAAAAUGCAGUUUCUAAGUUCUAGUUGUCUGAUUGAGAUCAAAGGAAUGGGCUUUGUGUUUGAAAUCAACAGAAAGCAUGUCCAGCGGUACUUGGACAGCAUUUCACAGAAAGACAAAGCACAGCUUAGCAAAUUUGAUUGGUCACCUGAGGGGGAGGCCUGAACAGAUAAAAACCAUUUAGAGGUAGCGUCAGUUAUUUUAUUGCUUUCAAUUAACCCUCCCCGGUGGAUGACUUUUAUAUCCUUCACUGAGAGUAAACGCCCUUCGCCCACAACAGGAUGUGUACAUACCGACCUUUAGCAUGAAUGUUUAAUUAGCAAAUAGAUCCACCCUUUGCCAUAGACCUGAAACGCCAUGUGAGAGGUUUCAAGUACAAUCCCUUCCCCCUCAGUCAUACCCCACCCAAAAAAAAAAAAAAAAUCGUACCUAAAUACAUUAUCUCCUUCCCCCCUUCAUUUUUCUUUUACUAGUUCAUUUAUUUUUGAUUUGUCAGUAGAAGAGGAGGUUGAAGGCCUAAGUCUUGUUAAUUUGUAUAUCGCCGAAUAAAUUUAUCUGUUAUAGAAAACUUUUGAGAAAAUUCAGUAUCCAAUCUUGAUUCCUGAUGUUAAGCUUUGGUAAAGGCUAGAUCAGCUUCCAAUUCACUCAACAAUACUGUUUAUACAUCACAGCAAUUAUUGUCUAUCUAUUUUUACUUA